AUGACAUCAACAGGGAAAGAAGGCAGCGGAGCUCAACAUGCACAAUAUGUUGGACCCUAUCGUUUGGAGAAAACCCUAGGAAAAGGACAGACAGGGCUUGUGAAGUUGGGGGUUCACUGUGUCACGUGUCAGAAGGUCGCGAUAAAAAUUGUCAACAGAGAGAAGCUCAGCGAGUCGGUGCUAAUGAAGGUGGAGCGGGAAAUAGCCAUCCUGAAGUUGAUAGAACAUCCCCACGUUUUAAAGCUGCAUGAUGUUUACGAAAAUAAAAAAUAUUUGUAUUUGGUGCUAGAACAUGUGUCAGGUGGGGAGCUCUUCGACUAUCUCGUAAAAAAGGGAAGACUGACACCAAAAGAAGCCAGGAAGUUCUUCCGACAAAUCAUCUCUGCUUUAGACUUCUGCCAUAGUCAUUCAAUAUGCCACAGGGACUUAAAACCAGAAAACCUACUGCUGGAUGAAAAGAACAACAUCCGGAUAGCAGACUUUGGGAUGGCAUCGCUGCAGGUUGGGGACAGCUUGUUAGAAACCAGUUGUGGAUCGCCGCAUUAUGCUUGCCCUGAAGUCAUCCGGGGAGAAAAAUAUGAUGGAAGGAAAGCAGACGUCUGGAGCUGCGGAGUCAUUUUAUUUGCGUUGCUAGUGGGUGCCCUGCCUUUCGAUGACGACAACUUGCGGCAACUGUUGGAGAAGGUGAAACGUGGAGUGUUCCACAUGCCACAUUUUAUCCCCCCAGACUGUCAGAACCUUUUGCGGGGGAUGAUUGAAGUGGAUGCCUCGAAACGUCUCACGCUAGAACAUAUUCAGAAACACAUAUGGUAUAUAGGGGGUAAGAACGAGCCAGAACCAGAGCAACCAAUCCCUCGAAAGGUGCAGAUUCGUUCUCUCCCUUCCUUGGAGGAUAUUGAUCCAGACGUGUUAGAUAGCAUGCACUCGUUAGGCUGCUUCCGUGACCGAAACAAACUCUUACAGGACUUGUUGUCAGAAGAAGAAAACCAAGAGAAAAUGAUUUAUUUUCUUCUGCUUGACCGGAAGGAGAGGUAUCCUAGUCAUGAAGAUGAGGAUCUUCCCCCUAGAAACGAAAUAGAUCCCCCCAGGAAGCGUGUGGACUCCCCAAUGCUGAACAGGCAUGGGAAGCGGCGGCCAGAAAGGAAGUCGAUGGAGGUUCUCAGUGUGACAGACGGCGGCUCCCCAGUCCCUGCUCGCAGAGCUAUUGAAAUGGCACAGCAUGGACAGAGGUCUCGGUCAAUCAGCGGAGCGUCGUCUGGGCUCUCCACCAGUCCUCUCAGCAGUCCAAGGGUCACCCCUCACCCCUCUCCAAGGGGAAGUCCCCUCCCUACCCCCAAGGGGACACCUGUCCAUACGCCAAAGGAGAGCCCAGCAGGCACACCCAACCCAACACCACCAUCCAGCCCCAGCAUUGGAGGAAUGCCAUGGAGGACACGGCUCAACUCAAUCAAGAAUAGUUUCCUGGGGUCUCCUCGCUUCCAUCGCCGGAAAUUGCAAGUACCUACACCAGAGGAGAUGUCUAAUUUAACCCCGGAAUCAUCCCCAGAGCUUGCCAAAAAAUCCUGGUUCGGUAACUUCAUCAACCUGGAGAAAGAAGAACAGAUUUUUGUGGUCAUUAAGGACAAACCACUAAGCUCCAUUAAGGCUGAUAUUGUCCACGCUUUCCUCUCGAUUCCAAGCCUCAGUCACAGUGUCAUCUCACAGACAAGUUUCCGUGCAGAAUAUAAGUCCACAGGAGGUCCUGCUGUCUUCCAGAAGCCAGUGAAGUUCCAGGUGGACAUAACAUACACAGAAGGGGGAGAGGCGCAGAAGGAGAACGGGAUCUAUUCUGUCACUUUCACACUCUUAUCAGGUCCAAGCCGUCGUUUUAAGAGGGUAGUAGAAACCAUUCAGGCACAGUUGUUAAGCACACAUGACCAGCCUUCAGUGCAGCAGUUAUCAGACGAGAAGAACGGGCAGGUGAGCCAUCCCCCCGGCACGCCAACCAAGCAUAGCGCAAACAGCAAGCGGAGCGAUUCCGGUUCUAAUGACUAUGGGUCUAGAGGAGACAAUAAGUACCCUGCUGGCAAAGACAAGGCAAAGAUGGUCUCAUCAGUCGGCCUACAAGACCAACCUUAA